ACCAGAUUGGGUACGAUAGAAUUAUUUGUCUGUCUCUAUCUGUUUGGUUCUUUUUUUUAGUAUUUGCUGGGGUUUUGUGAGGGAGGGUCGUAACGAUGACUGGUGUGGAUGAAAUAUUGAAUUAUCGAAGAAAUCCGGAUGACGAUUACUACGCAUUACUAAAUUGUGACGAAAAUUCAACAAUCGAGCAAAUAACAGCUGAAUAUAAGGUCCUCGCUUUGCAGCAUCAUCCAGAUAAAAAUGAUGGGGAUAAAGAAGCAGAAGCAAAGUUUCAACAAUUAAAGGAAGCAAAAGAGACCCUGUGCGAUCCUUCUAAGCGUGCUCUCUAUGACAAAUGGAGGCAGAGUGGUAUUGCCAUGGGCUACAAACAAUGGCUUGGCAUGAAGGAGCAUGUACAACAGUCUAUGCACUGGGCCAAACCAAACACAAAAGAUCGCAUGUUGGAGGGUGAAUCUGGCCGGGCGUCAGGGCCAUCCAGCCUGGGCCCAGCCAACUCGGCAGCUCGACGUGCCUCUGAAGGUGGGGCUGCACUCUGGGGACGCUGGGGAGGUGGAAACCAAGAACCCCCAUCUGAGGUCAUCUCUAAAUUUCGCAACUAUGAAAUUUAAUCAUGUUGAUAAAUUUUAUAUUUGGUUGUUAUGUUAUUAAAUACUUUUAUGGUUUUAUUAUUGUUUUUGGGGCGUAAUUAUUUUAUAAGAGGUCACUUGUGCCCUGACCUCUUUAAAAUUAUAUGUAUACAAAGAUAUGAAAUAUUGUCUAUUUAUAUGAGAUCAUUAUUAUACCUGCACCAGGCUGUUACACUUACAUCACUUGCCAUUAAUUAAUUUGAAAUGUUAGAUUAUUAUUAAUGUGUUUAAUAUUAAGUAUAAAUAAUUAGUUGUAAUGAAAUUGGCACAAUAUUCAUCAAGUCAGCUCGAACAAUGUUACUCGGAUGUGCUCGAUAUCUAUUAACAAAAUUUUCAGUGUUUGAUGUGCUAAGUGUAAUAUCUGUUAUGUUGUAUGUAGCAUUAAGGUUUUUGAUGUUAGACGCCCCAACCUUAGUGUCAAGUUAAUUAAACACUCAUAGCUAUAUCCUUAGCUAUAAGCUAUGCACAUUCCUGAUAAAACUUAUGAGUCUGAGUAAAAACAUUUCUGCUGUGGAACAAUAUCUUAGUGUCUACUUAAGAAUCUCUAUAAUAUUUUAAAGAGUUAUAUUUUUGAUCCUUUUUUGAGACUAUUUAUCUAUAAGUAUUGUAUUAUUUUUAUGAAUGAGGUAGAUUGGAGUUGUUGUGAGAUGUAUACAGGGUAUAGUUGCGCGACAGGGCUAUUUUAUGUUACGUUUGUUAUUACCAUUUUCAAAACUUUUAUUACCUGAUUAGUUUUGAUGACAGUCUUUGUUCCGAUGUCGAUGUUGUGUUCCCCAUGUUGUUAGAUACCAUAGUGAUUAGGAUAAUUAUUAUGUGUUAAAUGUUUGAUCAGUAUUUACUUUGGAUGUUUUAAAUAUACCUAAAUGUUGAAGUAGCAGAAUAUUAAAUUUUAAUGUUUUAUGUCGACGCGAAUCUCUAAGAUUAUAGAUAUUACAAAAAUUUACGAUGUCGUUAUUUUUGAUGUGAAUAAAAUUCAAAAACAAUAAAUUUCAAUUAUACCA